GGCCAGUCGGCCGCGCGCCUCGAAGAAGACCCCCGCGGCAUGAGGGGGGAGGAGGCGGUGACCGCGGUGGCGAUGCCCGAGGCGGGCCGCGACGGCGAGCAGCCUCGGCCGCCCGCAGGCCUGGGGUGCGGGGCGCGCGGGGAGACCGGAGGCCACGGCCCCCAAGAAUCCCGGAAGCAGUGGAAGAAAUUUUUAUAUUGUGAGCCACAUAAGAGAAUUAAGGUAGUACUGGAAGAAGAGCUUUAUAUUAAGAGAGAUGAAUGCCACAUUAAACAUCCACCUGCAGUGGCCCUGGAAGGGAUUUGGAGCAUUAAAAGGAAUCUCCCUGUGGGAGGCUUGAAGCCAGGACUGCCGAGCAGAAACAGUUUACUGCCACAAGCCAAGUACUAUUCGAGGCACGGAGGGCUUCGAACGGACGUCUGCCAGCGAUAUUUGUGGCAGGAUGUGGAGACGGCAGGGGUUCUGACAUGGAAGCACAAGCAGUGUCCAGAUAGUGUACAGACAUACAUCUGGGUCUAUAAGUCCUGA